CCAGCCUAUGGUGACCCGCGGCUAAGAGCGACAAGAUGAUCCGCCAGAGGUCCAACCAAUUCAUGGCACUGAAGACACAGUCGGAGCUUGAACAGCUCUCAGAACUGCAGCGAGAACCUCAGGGGGACCUCAGUUCAGUGGAUGGGUCCGUCACGCGGAUGGUAACAGGUGUGCGGACCGAGUCCAGAACCGCGGCCUCGGUAGAAGCGGAUGAAGAUCCUGCAGCCAAGUUGUUCCCGCCCCCGUUGCCCCAGCCCCGGAUCUGCAUGUGGAAGUACCUGGACAUCCAUUCCAUGCACAGGCUGGAGAAGACAGCCAACACUGAGGAGAUGAGGGAGGUUCUAGCUGAGCUCUUGGGGCUAAGCUGUCCUGAGCAAAGCCUGCGGGAUGCCAUCAUCCUGGAUCUCUUCUCCCACGCACUCAUCUUCUGCCGCCAGCAGGGCUUCUCACUGGAACAGACAUCGACAGCUUGUGCCCUGCUCCAAGAUCUUCACAAGGCUUGUGUUGCAACCCCCUUGGGCAACGUGGAGGAAUGUUACCGCUACUUCACCAGUGUCCUUUUUCGCCAUGGAGUCAGGCGGCCCCCCUUCAGCAUCAACCUCUUUAGGGAGGAACAGCUGCUGGCCCUGGCAGAUUAUGUGGUCAACACCUACUUCCGCCACUUCAAGCUCUACAAAUAUGUUUUCACACCCCAGGUGCGGCUGGAUCUAUCUUUGACUUACGUGGGGCUGCAGCCACCCAAGCUCUGGCCAGAGGACGAGACAGAGAGAGGCGGCAAGGAGGCAGAGGAGCAGGCAGUCACCCCACAGGAGGAACCAGAAACAGUGGUCUCACCAGAGCCACAGCCAGAGCCAAGCCAAGUCUCCACCCUGCAAGCCUACAUCAGGACCCAGAUGAACAAGGAACUGAGGCAGCUCCAACAGCUGAUGGAGGAGCGGCUCCAGGCCAGCGAGGAAAGGCUCAGCAGCAAGCUGGCCACACUAGAGCGGCCCUUCCAGCCACCUUCCAGCAAAGGCAAGAACAAGACCAAGUAACCCCCAGCAUUUUUGCCAAUAAAGGGCUGGGGCAGGGUA